CUCUUGUUCCUAUCCGGACAGUUACGCAACCCACCAAUGCUAGCGAAUGCGCAGAAAAGCACUUGUAAUACACGUUUGUUUGUGGUGAUGGGAUUGAUGUGCAUUUCUCUGCCUGCAACUGAAGGAAGGUAGUUUUUGGAACGAUGGACAGGAGAGAAGUUGCAGAGUCGGAGGUUGUAGAAAGAAGUGAGGGACAGCUGGCCGCUAACUGGAUGUUACAACACCCAAAGUACCGAGAACUGAUGAAUCUGGAUGUGGGAGACAGCGCUCAAGUCUACGCCGCGUUCCUCGUUUAUCUUGACCUCACGGAGGUGCGGCAGUGGCGCGAGGUGACCAGCAGGGGGAGCAGCGAGCUGCAGCUGGUGUUCCUGGAGGGGAGAGAGAGGGAGGGCGAGCGGGCCCAGGUUAUCCUGCCCUUGCCGGCGCACAGGACGCUCAGUCACCGAUGGGUGCGGUCCCUGUUUCGUGAGAGGCCAGGUGAGGGCCUGGCGGCCGCCAUGUUGCUGUGCGUUGUGGCGUCGGACUCCAGCCUGGUGUACCAGCGGCUGUGCCCAGGCCUGCUGACCCCCGACCCCCCCGUGGGGAUCGAGGACCAGGGGCGCCGGCAGCAUCGAAAGAGGAGGCUACGUUGAGGGCCGCUUGCACCUUAACGCACUGAGACAGCGCAGUGACGCACUGGAGCGGCGCAGUGACGUACUGGAGCAACAGCAUUAACGCACUGGGGCGGUGCUUUAAUGUACUGAAGCAAGUGUGUUAACACACUGGAGUGCCUCCAUAACGCACUGGAACGACACUGUAACUAUAGUACACAGAAUCCAGCUUUGCCAAACGUUCUGACAUUGCGUCACUGCUCUCGUUUUCCACUGGUUGGACAUUUGCCUUGACAGCAUGCAGUUCCGCCAUUUAGCCAGCAGAGAGCAGCACAAACCCACAUUGGCCCAAACUGAAGCUCUCGCAACACAGUUCUCUCCUUUACUGCCAAAGGGAAAUUUAAUAAGACUUCUUGAUGGGGGGGGGGGGGGGGGGAUGUCAGCAUGACAGGAUUCUUCUCGGUGUAACACACUGAGGGACUGCUGUAAAAGCCAGCAGGCAACAUACAGACAAAAUGGGAGGGGUGGGGGGACAGUUAUGUAAACAGCUGCUGCUUUUUAUUAUUUUUUUUAUUUUAAUAGAAAAACAAAAAUGUUGAAACAAAUAAUAAAAGGAAGAAUCCAGUAACCAUGAGGACAGAAGCAAGAUCAGGACUGUGACUCUGGUGGAACCCCUCUCCCCACUUUUUGUGUGUGUGUGUGAGAGAGGGACUCUGCCGUGUCAGUUAGCUUUAAUACUGCUGGGUUUUGGGAGCGCUGAGCUGACAUGACAGAAGGGGGGAAUGCUGCCUGGCGACACCAAAGGUGUGUUUGAUUGGCUAAGUGUGCAACGUUCUGCAAUGGUGCUGAUGGGAACUGUAGUUCAAAGCUCAUUUUUAAACAUACUCCAUAAAGCAUGUGAUGAAGGUGAGAAUGAACGGUGUGAAUGUGUGAAGAUGACAACAGAAUGCUUAUACCUGUAAAUUAGUGUUCCUGGUCUUAAGGAAGAAGGGUUGGACCAGAGACACAGCCUGGGGUCACUGGAGCCCUGACCUUUCACCUUUUGACCUUAAGCCUGUUGAGAGAUAUGGUGACAGAAGCCUAACGGAAAAUAAAAGACAUAAAAAUGAUACUUUAUUUUAAAAAAUAAAUCCAUCCAAGGCAGAGAUCCACCCAA